AUGACGGAGCUGAGGCUGACCCAGCAGCAGAAUCUGCAUGCACUUGCUGACGAAAAGCGAAAGCAGAGAAGUCGUAAGAUGACUGAUGUAUGUCUUCUUGAAGAUGAAGAGCAGAGAGUCAAGCUGGAGAUGAGGCAAUUGUUACUGCAGACUUCGCAUAAGGAAAAGCUUGAGGUUGAAUGUUGCGAGUGUUGGUGCCGUUAUCCGCAGAUGCGUCGGAUCCGUGGGCUUGCUUUCCGUUAUUACUGGCUGGGCCGCCUCGAGGGCACAACUGGCCUCCGUGGAUCACAAUUCGAUGCUAAAGAGGACAUCAAGAUCCGUGGAGACCAUUGCGACCACAAGCUGGUAAUUUCGCCGCCACUACUUCCUUUGAUUCCGAAGUGUCGUCCUCAAUGGCAUGUACAAUCUUUCUUCUCGAAGGCUCACUUCAGGGACGUUACAGUGGCCAUGCAGGGCACGGGCGCAAUCCAUGUGACCAUUUACCUUGCUGGAGGCACCCUGGUUAUCAGUAUUGUCAGCCACCUCCCACUGUAUGGAGUUUCUGUCGCACAAUUCUAUCGCGCCAACCAACCAUCAACACGGGUAUCGAGGAGCUCGGUCCCAAAGCGCUAUGUGAUGAAGGAAACCCUCUCUGAUCUGCCCGAUUCUGCCCUGUAUACGAAGCAAAACAUUUGCGACAACACUUUAGACGACGCACAGCUGGAGACGCGAUGUCCGCUUGACAAUGGGCGACACGCUGACGCGCUCAUGUCCACGCAUUAUCCCGCCGGCCAGCUUGACCAACUCCCAGCAGAGCUUCUCAUCCAGAUCCUGCUUCAGAUCGACAUUCCCUCGCUGACUCACUUCCGUCUCGUCAACCGCCGAGCGAUGGGGCUUGUCGACCCGAUCCCUCAGAUGCAGCAGCGCGAAGCCAUCUCCGCCCGCCAACUAUUACAAUCAGCGAACCCCCCAAGCGUCCUGAGCCUGCCCGGGCGGUACUGUACCGCCUGGGGUAGUGGUGGAGGCAAUUUGGCGCGGAAGCGGCUUCAACUCUUUGAUCGCCAGUCAGUUGUUCAGAGUCUGACGGGCUCUAGCGUUCCAAAGUUGGACAAAACCACCAGGGAACCGCGGCGAUUCAUGGCCAUCAUCACCGCGCCACAUCUGCUCGAUGCUGGUCGGCAGGCCGAUUGGGGAUAUUUCUGUCUUGGCUGCAGGGAGGAAAAGGAGGAGAAAACGAAUCAUUUCAGGAUCAAAUAUAUCAGAGAAGACAUACUGGAGCACAUUGCGAGGUAUGGAUCGGUUGAGGAGAUGCCGAGGAUCCCCGGUCGGUUCAUGCACGUUAGUCAAACUUGA